UUUCUAGUUGGUUCUUUGUUGCAAAUGUUUCUUAUAUAGUAAUGGAAAGUGGUAAAAUAAUUUUCAGAUUUGGAGCACAAGUGAUGGUAGGUUGUUGGCGGAGUGGAAGCAAGCAGAUGAGGAUCCUGGUGGUAGGUUUUCUUGUAUGGCCUGCAGUUUUGUUGGGAAGAAGCGUAGGAAAGAGCGUGGUUCUUGCUUAUUAGCCCUCGGGGUUGAUAAUGGGGAUGUCUUGGCUAUCGAUGUUUUCUCUGGGGAGACGAAGUGGAAAACUACUGGUUCCUUUCCUGGUGGAGUUGCCGGUCUCUCUUUUGCAAGUAGAGGUCAUAGUCUGCAUUUGGUUGGAACUAAUGGAAUGGCUUUUGUCGUGAACUCAGCAACUGGAGCCCUUAUGGAGGAGUUCAGAGUUUCAAAAAAGCUGAUUUCUACUGUAGCCUUUUCAUGUGAUGAGAGAUUUUUAGCUGUAGCUGAUGGUGGUAGAUUACGGGUUUUGAGCUUGGAAAAUGGCAAAGAGAUCUUAAAGCUAUCUAAUGAGUUGGGUCAUGUUCAGUAUGCUUCGAUCUCUGAUGAUGCCAAUACCCUGGUUACGUCAUGUCCUGGGGAUAAACAUCUACAAGUGUGGUGGUUGGAUAAGAAUGCGGGCACCGUGAGUUGUGGUCCGAUUCUUUCAAUGAAACAUGCCCCAUUAAGUUUUCAAUGUAAGGAUGGGUGCAAUGGAGAACCUGGUGCGGUUGUCUUGGCAGUCUCAAAGUCAGGUAUAACUUAUGUAUGGCAUCUGAAAAGUACCCAAUUAGAAGAAGAGGAGGCUAAUCCAACUGAGAUCACAUGCAAAGUAAAUGAAGAUGAAACAGCGCUGCAAAAUAGUGGAAGUGUAAAGAAACACCGUGCCUCUAUUAUUGCUGCAAGAUUACAAGAUUUUGAUGCUUCUAAACAUAUGAGAGCCCUUGUAAGUUAUGGCUCAAUUGAUCAUCCUCGGUUUAGUCUGUUUGAUGUUAUUAAGCCAGGGGAGGAUGCUAUCAUAGAUGCUUUAGAGGAGACUAAAAGCAUUUCGGAAAAUGGGGUUGCAAGAGAAGAUCUCCAUGAUAUGGAUUUAGAAGCAACAGUUUUACCAAAGAAAAGUGAAAAACGUAAGAAGCACACUGUGUCUGAGCUAGAACAUUCAACUCUGGGAGACAUGAUUGACAUUGGUAACGGAGAGGCUGCCGUCGGAGUUCUUCUUGAUGACGAUGAUUUAAAUGAACCAACCAUGGGGGAAAAACUCGCAACUUUAAAUUUAGAUAUAGCAAAGAGAAACGAAAAUGAUGAGUCUUCUCUCGCUGCAAAGCCUCCUAGUGCAGACUCUGUUCAUGUUUUGCUUAAGCAAGCAAUGCAUGCUGAUGACCGAGCGCUUCUGUUAGAUUGCUUGUACACCCAAGAUGAAAAGGUUAUUGCAAAAUCAAUCUCACUCUUGAAUCCAUCAGAUGUUUUAAAGCUUUUACAGUCCCUCAUAUCUAUUAUUCAGUCAAGGGGUGCAAUCCUGGCCUGUGCCCUUCCAUGGCUGAGAUGCCUACUUCUUCAGCAUUCAAGUGGAAUAAUGUCCCAGGAAUCUUCUUUAGUUGCUUUGAACUCUUUGUAUCAGCUCAUAGAAUCCAGAGUGUCCACUUUCCGAUCGGCUCUUCAACUCUCAAGUGUGUUGGACGUGCUUUAUGCAGGGAUUGUUGACGAUGAAGUGGAUGAAAGCGACGCAAUCGUGCCAGUUAUUAUUGAGGACAAAGAUGAAAGUGAUGAAGAGGAAUCUGAAGACGCCAUGGAAACUGACGAAAGCAGCGAAGACGACGAGGCUUCUGAUGAAGCUUUUGGUGGUCUUGGCGAUCUCGAAGGAGACAACGACAUGAGCGAGUAAUAUACAGACUAUAAAUUUUAAGGGGAAAUUUUGAUGAUUUGACUUCUGAUGGUAGCGAGAAUAUGAUAUUAUGUGUGUGGAUUAUGACGAGCAAUUAUGUAUUAACUAAAAACAUUCCAGAUGAAUGAGAAAUCUUGCCUAGUGUUUAUCUCUCC